GGUCAAGCACUUACGCCUGCUCACUUCUGCCCAUGCCCAAGUACUGAUUCCGUAGCAGUCCGCCCUGGAGGCGACACGCCGUCGUCGUUCCUUGGCUUCUCGCGAAGCGCUAGCGAGCCCAAGCUUCACAUCAAUGCUCGCAUUCAAUUCUUAGAGCGAUCUUAGAUGACAUUUGAUUUUACUCAAAGGCAUUCCCUUAGAGCGUCCUUGGCGUCCCAUGUUCACAUUCACACCAUAAGAGAGCGUCCUUAGCGUCGUAUCUGCGCCAGCGUCGCUCGACAUGUCGUCGCUCGUGCGCGUCGUGUCGAGAGCCGGCAGGCCCUCCGAGAAGCGCUACUCGCUGCUAGACAGGCUCGCUGGGCGAGAUAAGCCGGGCCGCUUGGGCCGUACUUCGUCUCGCGGCGCCGCAGCGCAGAGCGCGCCUGGCCAGCAGGCGAGUAAGGUCGCUCGCGACCUAAAAGAGGAGGAGGAUGACGACGACGAUUCGGACGACGACGAGAUUCUGAGCAUCUCAUCCGACGAGGACGAUGAAGGCCGCCCCGCCGCUCCCGCCAUCACGCCGCGCGUACCGGCGAAGUGGGAGUCGUCGCGGAUGCUAACGCGGAUGGGGACGCGGCGGUACGGAGCCAUGGAGCUGGGGGACGGGGGAGAGCCCACCUCGUGGGAUGAAGUCGGCGAGGACUCGCUGAUGCGCAAGGUGCGUGAUCUACGAGCAGCGUUAGGGGGGCGGGCCAACGUGCGGUCGCAGGCAGUGACGCAGGGCAGCACGGACGAGCCUCUGGGGUCCACCAUCAUGGACCCGCUGGGCCUGGGGCCUCUGGACGUGGAGCACAUGUGUCUGCAGUGCCGAUACGAGAAGGGCAAGAGUGCGCCGGACCGCUCCCUGCUGCCAGAGAUGCUGGUGAAUCUGGACGAGGCGUUCGAGCCCAUGCUGUACCUGUCCGUGGUGCACGGGGGCAGCGCGGCGCGGGAGCUGGAGGAGGGGCGGGAGAAGCUGGAGGAGGUGAUGCAGCGGGAGAAGGAGCAGCUCAAGAAGCUCGUGCAGAACAACUUCGACUGCUUCAUCUCCUGCAAAACCACCAUCAACGACAUUGAGCGCGGGCUGGCCUCAAUGAAGCGGGACUGUGCGCUGGACACGCUGGCAGCCGCUAUUUACAACGUGGACCAGCAUUCCAAGACCGCCUUCGGCCCACUGCUCGAACGCAGAGCGCAAGUGCAGCGCAUCCAGUCGGUGCAGGGGCUGCUGCUGCGCUUCCGCACGCUCUUCAACAUGCCCUCUGCCAUCCGCACGCACCUGCGCAAGCACGAGUACGACAGCGCUGUGCACGAGUACCUCAAGGCCAAGUCCAUCUCCCUCACGGGCCAUUCCAACAUCCUGCGGCGGGUGAACGAGGAGGUGGAGAAGGUGGUGGACGAGUUCAGCAGCAUCCUGUACGCGCAGCUCAGCGAACCCACCGCCGCCCCCUCCACUGUGGAGAACGCCAUCCGGCUGCUGCUGGAGAUCGACCCCGAGAGCGACCCCAUCUGGCACUACGUGAGCAUGCGGGAGCGGCGCAUCCGCGGGCUGCUGGAGGCGUGCGUGCAGCAGCACGAGCGGCGCGUGCAGGGCAUCCGGCGCAGGCGGCAGGAGAAGCGGGAGGACGAGCACCAGUGGCGCCUGCUGCAGCGCAACCCCCAUGAGAAGCUGGAGCCAGGCCUGGCGGCAUUCCUGAACGGGGAGGUGGAGGAGCAGGAGGAGGCGGAGGACGUGUUGGACGGGGAGGAGGAGGAGGAGAUUCUGCAGCAGCACUCGCUGCUCGUGUGCCGCCUCGCUGCCGUGCUGCAGGAGCAGCUGCCGCAGCUGUGGAAGGUCGUUCUGGGGAUCUUCACUGGCAAGUUCGCCAACUUCUCCAAGGAACCGCAGGCAGCAGGAGCGUACCCGUACGGGGGAGCCUACGCCGCCAAGCCCCCUCUCGCCCGCUCCAGCUCUGGUCUGAGCAACCAAGGGGGAGGCGCGGCGGGCACGGGGGGGCCGUACCGCAAGCACGCGCAGGUGGAGGGGGUGGCGAUGGUGAUGGGCAUCGUGGGCGUGUUCGAGAAGCAGGUCACCGACGCCUUCACCGCGCUCGAGAGCAGCCGGGAGCUGCGCCCGUACAUGCUGCAGGCCGUCACUGCGGUCGCCAAGGCGUCGUCUGCCUUCGCUGCUGCUGAGGCUGCUCCUCCUCUCGCAGUGCAAGCGCUGCACCAGUUCCGCAUCGCCAUCACGGCGCGCUUUGUGCGCCAGCUGUGCUUCAUCAUGCGCGGCGCGGCCGCUGACGUGGCGAAGCAGGAGGACUGGAUGCCCGCCGCCUCGCACCUCACCAAGGGCUCCGAGUUUGACAUCUCGCACUUCCCCGUGCGCUUUGGGGAGACCAUUGGGGCGGCGCUGGACCAGAUCACCCAGGCGUUGGCCCAGCUGUCAAAGGACGGGCCGAGCAUCCCAGUGGCCAGCGGGUCGGAUGCCGCAGCAGCGCAGGCGGCAGCAGCGGCGGAGGUGUGGCGCAUGUAUGCGUCGGUGAAGACCACCUUCUACGAGUCCUUUGUGGAUGCCUGUGAGGCGCUAGUGCAAAUGGCCAAGCAGUUGCCAGAUGGAUCCGCUCCCCCCGAGGGGGAGGAGGGGGCGGAGGGCGAGGAGGGGGAGGAGGAGGAGGGGGCGGAGAUGGGGCCGCAGUUUGAGGGGCUGCAGCAGGGCGUGGAGGUGGGCAACCCGCACCAGCGCAUCCUCAUGCUGCUCAGCAACGCGGGGUUCUGCCGAUCCGUGGUGGCCAGGGACUUGGCCCAGCGCUACCAGCACCUGUGGAACGACCCCAGUGCGUCAGCGCCAGCACCCACCCGUCCAGGCUACACGCCCCCAGCCUUGAACGAAGUUGAGCAACUACUAGCAGACGUGGAGCGCGUGUUCUUAGAGGCGGAGACGGCGGUGGGCGACCAGUACAUUGCAGCCAAGGCACAGCACCUGGGCAUGGCUGUCAUUCGAUAUUUCCUCGAAGACGGCACCGCCUGGGCUGCUGCGCCCCCCGUCAAGGGUCUGCGGGACUCAGCCCUGGAUCUCAUCCUGCCAUUGGUGGCUGUGCAUGCUGAGGUGUCCGCGGGCUGCAGCCCUUUUGUCGACCGCGCCAUCAAUACGCUCUCAGAGGGCCUCAUGGACGCGCUGCACCAGGUGGCCUUCCAGCACGCCGACCUCGAGCAGCUGGACGCCAACGCCUUCUGCCAACUCUCAUUAGAGCUGGACUACUUCCAAGCCGUGCUUCAACCGUUUGCCUCACCCUCGCUGGACGACAUCAUCUUCCAGCUAAGGGACAUGCUGCUGCACCGCACCAUGCAGUCCAUCGCUGCCGCAGGCCCGCCUCCCGACGACCGCCCCAGCUACGAGCGCCAGCUGUCACGGGGCGGCGGCGGCAUGCGGUCGGGCGAGUGGGGAGAGGAGAGGGACAUUCCCACCCCUCAGACGCCUGAGCAGCUCAAGGGUAUAGCAGACAGCCUGUCAGCAGACCUGCUGCCCGGGGAGCUGCGGCGCACGCGCGUGAACGUGUUCUGCUUCGGCCUGCGCCUGCCCGAUGACUCCCUGCACGCCGCCUCCCCCUCGGGCGGCUACGACAGUUCGUCCAUCAUCCAUGGCGCGCAGUCCACCAUCAGCUCCUCCUCUGGCUCCAGUGCCACGCGUGCCUACUCUGCCAUUCUCCCUGUUCCCGAUACCAGUGCUGGCCUCGCUGCCAGGGCCAGGGCUGCAGGCGUUGCUUCGGCCUCUGCUGCUGCGGCGGCGGUUGCUGGUGGGGUUGGGGAGGGGUACAGACCGGGAGCAGCAGGUGCUGCUGCUGCUGCUGGCGCCGGUGCUGCUGGAGCCGGGGUUGGGGGAACGCCUAGGACGGCUGGACUGAGAGGGACGUACGAAGGGGGUGGGUAUGGGGGAGGAGCGGGAGGAGGAAGAGGUGCGUACGGAACAGCGGCGGCAGGAGGAGCAGUUGGGGUAGGAGCAGGGAUGUAUGGGGGGGCAGCAGGGGGACAAGCAGGGGCUUAUGGGGGGGCGGGAGGGGUGGGGGCAGCACCGUAUGGGGGAGCAGCAGUGCCAGGAUCUGCUGCUAGGGCUCUGGACGGUAGGAGAGGGCAACAGGGGGCACGAGGUUAUGGUGGUGGGUACUGAGGCUGCCUGGGGGAUGCAUAGUGUUGUGCUUGUGUGUUGUGCUUCUCUAGUGCUUGGCUUGGCCUAGUGAAGCUUCAAAUUGUGUGCAAGAUCCAAUCGUGUCACGCCAGGAUCUAGGGAACACUGCAUGAAUCUCACAAACUCUGCUGUAACGGCAUUCCAAUGUGUACAGUAGUGGUGGCUAUGUAUGAUGUGUGUCAACACUUGUGGACAAUUAUAUAA